AUGGCCUUGCUUGAUAUCGAGUCGGUUUCUCCACAGAUGAAUAACGAUUUCAAUGUCAAGAUACUCAAUUAUAAAGUUGUCGAUGAGGGGAAAUACGCUGUGUACACGAUACAGCUAACAGUGGACGGUUAUACAUGGGUGGUGGAACGUAGAUAUAGUGAAUUUGAUGCGAUGGAUAUGCGUCGCUUUCCUGAUCGGAAGAAAUCCUUCCUUCCUCCGAAGAAGUUGAUAAGGAACCUGGACGCCGAGUUUCUGGAAGAACGUCGCAUGGAGUUGGAAAAGUAUUGCCGAGCAUUACUCGAAUUAGAAGUUUGGUAUCAGAAACAGAAGAAAGUCAAUUCUCUUCCUCUGCUCACUGCCAAGUUCUUCGAUUUUCAUCAAUAUGUGAGUUUUACUCUUUUACUUUUACUUUGGUCACAACGGUGGCACUUCUUUAACGGUGAGGAAGACUCACUAUGA